CGUCAGGAGUUGCCCUCAGCCAUGCGUAUUGAGCUUGUUGUUGACUUGGUUGUUAUGACUGAAGAAGGCCUCGGACUAAAUUAAAAGUUAUCCCGUCGCUGCCCCGGGACACCUACUAAUGGAGGGCAUGGACAUAGACUUGGACCAGGAGCUCAUGCAAAAAUUUAGUUGCAUGGGCACCACGGACAAAGAUGUUCUCAUCUCAGAAUUCCAAAGACUGCUGGGUUUCCAGCUCAACCCCGCUGGCUGCGCUUUCUUUCUUGACAUGACCAACUGGAAUCUUCAAGCAGCAAUUGGAGCAUAUUAUGACUUUGAGAGUCCGAACAUCAAUACACCAUCAAUGUCUUUUGUAGAAGAUGUAACAAUUGGAGAGGGAGAGUCUGUGCCUCCUGACACACAGUUCACAAAAACAUGGAGGAUACAGAACACAGGGUCAGAAUCAUGGCCCCCAGGUGUUUGUCUAAAAUACAUAGGAGGGGAUCAGUUUGGCCAUGUGAAUAUGGUAAUGGUGCGGUCCCUGGAGCCUCAAGAAAUCUCAGAUGUUAGUGUGCAGAUGCACAGUCCAGCUAAUCCAGGCAUGUACCAGGGCCAGUGGAGAAUGUGCACAGCUACCGGACUCUUCUACGGAGAUGUGAUCUGGGUGAUCCUGAGUGUGGAGGUUGGGGGUCUGCUUGGCGUGACACAGCAGCUAUCUUCUUUCGAGACUGAGUUCAACACUCAACCACACCGCAAUGUGGAAGGAGACUUCAACCCCUUUGCCUCACCACAGAAGAACAAGCAAGACGCCAAUGAGGAUAACCUAAAGGACCCCAGAGGUCCCUGGGUGGCACCUCUGGACUCCAUUCAGCAAGAUCAAAAUGGACUCUCUCACAACUCUGUAAAUAUUACACCAAAUGGUCUCCAAAACAACUUAUCGGUAGUGACGUACAGCCAGGGCUGCCAUGGGCCCUACCCUUUUGGGAAGUCUUAAGGGACAGAAACCACCACCAUUAGGCAGCUCAUCGGUGCUGCCACUCUGGAAUCCCCCCCAUUUUCUUUGGGGUUAUACAGGGGUGUACCAGAUUUAUUAUAAAGACUUGGCAACCCUCCUCACCCCAUGCAUCACAACACGACCUAAGAUCAUGGACAAGGCUGUUUGGUUCUAAUACAAUAUUCGGCCGUUGUCGACAACGGAGUUACGCAUGUAUGAAUGCUAAAUUAAAAUGAGUGCUUGAAAUCCUCAGAGUCAACCACAGGUGUCUGAUGUGUGGCGUUGCAUUAUAACGGUAGGUUCAAGUGAGAGAAAUUAUGGAUGUUUGUGUGUGUUAGUAUGUGUGUGGACCAUGCACAAAAGAGAAUUGAAAAAGCCAUGGGAAAAAAAAAAAGUUCAUCAAAGAGUUUUAUAUUUGACAUUGAUGUUCUUUGACUUUUACUUUGAUUUUUCAGUAAAAUUGUUUGGUUUGCA